GUAGUGCUGUCACUGUUCAGCCGGGAGCUUGAGCUCGCAAAUUGCAAGUCAAGAAGACAGGACAGGACACUGCACAGUUCUGCAACAGGAGGACACCAUUUAAAUCAACAUCUCAACACUUUUAGGACAUCGGCAGCAAUGAAGACAACACUGGCAACUCUGACUCUCUGCCUGGUGGUGCUCAUGGCCACAGGUUUUCCAUUCGAGAGGAAAGGGGGCUCGCCCUCCAGCAGCGCUGCCAAGGAGAAGCGUGUACAGUAUGCAGCAUGGGAUGAUGUAAAUGUCAUUGCCCAUGGCCUGCUGCAACUGGGCCAGGGGCUGAAGGAGCAUGUGGACAAAACCAAAGUCCAGAUGAGGGACAUUUCCAGCAAGCUGAAGGUCUUCAAUCGCACAGUGACCGAACUGGGGAAAGAAAGCCAGAGGCUGCGAGUGGAGGGGGAGGCCCUGAAGGCUCGGGCCCACGGGCUGGAGGACAGAGAGGGGCAGGUGCUGAAUGUCACGGCCGAGCUGAGGGAGAAGGCGGAGGAGAUGCAGCAGGAGAGGAGGACGGUGAGCGAGAGGAUGAGCCGGCUGGAGGAGAGGGUGGACAGCAUGCUGCAGGGAGACGCGGUGCUUCCUGACACUGGUGCCAAGAAUAACAGUGAUGCUCGCAACAUCCAGAUGAUGCUGGAGGCUCAGAACAGACGUAUUGAUGAUCUGAUGGAGCGGAUCAGGCUCCAGCAGGAAAAGCUUGACAAGCAGAAUGUGCGCAUCAGGACCCUGCAAAGCCAGGUCCAACAGUCACGACAGAGAACCGCGUCGCCGCGGGACGCCAACGCCGACGGCUCAGUGCAAAGUGGCGUCGCGGAGCAACGCGACUCACCAGUCGAGAUGCCAUCAGACUGUCAUGAGCUGUUUCUGAGAGGUGAGACCACCAGCGGGGUCUAUACCAUCCAGCCAAUGAAUGCAGAGCCCUUUGAAGUCUUCUGUGAGAUGACAGCUGAUGGAGGAUGGACAGUGAUCCAAAGGCGCCAAGAUGGCUCAGUUGACUUUGACCAGCUAUGGCAGGCCUAUGAGAAAGGCUUUGGCAGCCUGAAUGGGGAGUUCUGGUUGGGUCUAGAAAAGAUCCACUCCAUUGCUAAAGAUGGUGGCUAUAUACUCAACAUCAAGCUCUCUGACUGGGGUAGUGACGUGGCAGCUAUCCGCCUCCCCUUCCAUCUGGGCGGUGAGGAAACCAAGUACUCGCUCCAGAUUCAGAAGGCCGAUGAUUUCAGCACCUUGGAGAGUUCCCUGGGGACGGACGCCACCUCUGGCCUGCCCUUUUCCACCCGCGACCAAGACAACGACCAGAAAAUUGACACCAACUGCGCCAAGCACCUCUCAGGUGGUUGGUGGUUCAGCAACUGUGGUCGCUCCAACCUAAACGGUAGAUACUUCCAGAGCCCUCCUCCCAAGCAGCGGCACCAGAGGAAGCAGGGUAUCUUCUGGAAGACCUGGAGGGGUCGCUACUACCCUCUGAAGAACAGCAUGAUGAUGAUUGCCCCUGCUGCCAUCGAAAAUAAGUCAUAAAGAAUAGAAAGAGACAGAAUGAAAAAGUUGACACAAAACAAAGGGGUUGAAAGAAGUAGAUUUUGGACUAUUCUUUCUUUUCUUGGUGCUUAGUUGAUGAGGCAGAGGUUACCAUUUUCCCUGGUUUUCUCCCUGCGAGGAGGACCUCAUACCAGAGCCCAGGCCCUUGAAACAGGGGCAAAAAGAGCUCAAAUUCAAUGAGUUCCAGGUUUCCACUGCUCUGUCCUUUGAGAUGAUUGAUGAAAACCUGCAGUGGAAAAUGUUUCAUAUAUUGUACCAUCGCAGUUGAUUCCUUCUGAAUGGCAUGAAGCAGGGGCCCCUAGUGAGGAGAGCGUCACAAAGCGAGUCCCGGCCUGUUCACUGUUCUGUAAGCCACACAGGAUUCCCAACAAGUCGAGACUCAUCACCAGACAUGUGGUGUCAAAUGUGUUUGUGGGCUGUUGUUGCAUUUGAAUGGUUUGGUAGAGAGUAAACAGCAGUCAGCUCGAAAACAGCUUAAGAAUUGCUCUUAUUUUGUAAAAGAUGCAUGUAGGACUGAAAUGCAGACCCAUUGAGUAAGACUUUUAAACCAAUGGUGUGGACCAAAUGGUGACUUAAUUAAAACAAAGAGUUAUUUUCCACAUGAACAUGAUGAGAUUAGUGUUCAAACCCAUUAUGUAAAGUUAUAAAUCACUAUAAACUAGCAUUACCAUGCAGAAACUGUGUUAAGACAGUAGCAGUUCGUGGGGCACUGAAAACCAUUUCAGCCUUUUAUACAGCAUGUUUUCUGCUUGCAAUUUUGAAUCAAAUCACCCAUAUUCUUCACUGACUUUUUCAGUGGAGGUUUUGAUGAUGUUAAGUCAUGUUGACUUCUUUAAGAUGACAGACAUGGUUUUGUACAUAGUGUAUGAAGGAAUGUCAUCUGUCUUAAGAAAUGUAACUGUUACUGAUUUGUUGUGAUAUUAUCUGUUGUCCUUGUGACUUGAGGGUUUGUGAUUGUAGAUGUUCCCUUUUCUUAUUUAAAUGCUGUAAAUAAUCAAUAUAUAUAUUUCUGGUGCUGCCUGUUUGUAAUUUAUAUUGACUUUGUUGUGUUUGCCAGUUGUAAAAUUGUUUUUUAAGAGAAAAUAACCAUUGUUUGGUUAUUAUGAGCCAAUAAAAUUGACUUAAACUAA